AUUAACUUUGUUUAAAUUAAAUAAUUAGAUAAAAAGGUUUAUAACUACGGUAAGAUUUGUGUGUACAAGAAGAACAAACAAUAAAAGGUAAAGGAAACGAUUGACUUAGUUUUGGUGGCUGAAAACAAAAUUAAACCAUGGCGAUGAUUCUGCAAGUCCCUUCGUCGUCUCCGUCUUCCUUGUGGAACACCAGAAACACUAAAACUCGAUUCUUCUUCCUCUCUUCAAUCCAAACUUCGUCGGAGUCCAAUACGAAUAAGUUCAGAUGCAGAGCCGUCCGAGAGAAAGCCGAGGAGAAGAACACUUCCCCGCCGUCUCCGGAGGAAGUUACCAAGAAAUAUGGACUCGAAGUUGGUCUAUGGAAGAUAUUGACCUCAAAGGAUGAAGAAAGUGAUGGAGAGGAGAAGAAGAAGAAGAAGUCGAAAACAGAUGAAGCUAAGGAGUUACUUGCAAAGUACGGUGGUGCUUACCUCGCAACGUCCAUCACCCUUUCCCUCAUUUCCUUCUCGCUCUGCUACGCUCUCGUCACUUCCGGUGUUGAUGUUCAAGCUCUCCUUCUCAAGGUUGGGAUCUCGACGAAUGAGACGGGAGAGAAAGUGGGAGCCUUUGCGUUGGCUUACGCAGCGCAUAAGGCUGCAUCUCCGAUUAGGUUUCCUCCCACGGUGGCUUUGACUCCUAUUGUCGCUAAUUGGAUUGGGAAGAAAGUUGACAAGGAGAAGGAUGAUGAAUAGUCUUUUCCUUUUGUUUAUUUGGAGAUACUAAAAAUGUAUAUCUUACUGGAUAAUCAUUAAUAUUUACAAAGAGUAUUAGCA